AUGAUUAACGCAUGUUUGUCCGGUUUGGAUGACUGGCUGAGGUCCCGCAAUCUCAGAAUCAAUACCCAGAAGUCUGCGGCUACCAUCUUCACUAAAAGUGUUAUUCCUCUUAAUAUGAGUACUAUUACUCUUGACUCACAACCCAUUGAAUGGAAGUCUCAGGUUAAGUAUCUGGGGGUGACAUUUGACCAAAAGCUUAAGUGGGGUAAACACAUAGAUCACAUGUGUGAUAGGGCGAUAUCCCAAGCAAAAAUAAUUAAAAGCCUAUGUCGACCCUCCUGGGGAUCUCAUCCCACGACGCUCCUGAACGUUUAUAGGGCACUUGUAAGACCACACUUGGACUUCGGGGGGAUUUUGUAUGGUAGGUGUGCCAAGGCGCAGUUGAUAAAGUUAGAUAGAGUGCAGUUUUCGGUCAUUCGAACUGCGCUUGGACUGAUGAAAUCCUCACCAACUAAUAUUAUAUUGGCCGAAAGUGGUGAACUUCCCCUCCAAUCAAGGAGACUAUGGCUGGCUAUGAAAUACAUAUCUAAGAUUUUUAGAUUUGCUAACCACCCGUUACUGCAAGUAUUGGGUGAUCCAAGUGAACUGGAUAGUCUGUGGUUCAACGGCACAAUUCCUAGCUACAUAGAAGCUUGUAAGAUUUUAGAAAAUCAAAAAGAUCUGAUCUGGAAUGCCCAAACUCUCCCUUACUUUCUGACGGAGAUCAACGUAAGAGCUAUGAAGGUGGAGAUGUAUAAAACUGAUCUAAAAAAGGAAUCUAUCGAUAAUUUAGGUUUAUUUAGGAAGAUUCUAGCAGACAGAUUCGGUGGAUAUGUGGACAUUUACACUGAUGCUUCCAAGUCACGGGACCCUGACUCGGUGGGAUAUGGGGUGUGGAUCCCAUCUCGCUCUGUCAAGAUUUGUGGCAGACUGCCAGAUCAUUGGUCGGUUUAUACAGCCGAAACUUAUGCAAUUUACAGAGCUGUUCAGUAUAUUAUGGACCGGAGCCUCACCAGGACGGUGAUAGUUUCGGAUGCCCUAGGUGUGCUCAACAAAUUGAAACAUGGAAACAUUAACGCCAACAUCGACAUAGUAACGGUGAAUACUCUAAUUUUGCUGGGGAGGGCAAGAUCUUUGGGGCUGAGGAUUGCUCUGAUGUGGAUACCUAGCCACUCAUAUAUAGCACAUAACGAUAUAGCGGAUUUACUGGCAAAUCGAGGAAGACUACUGCAGGGACAAUCCCAACUGAGAGGGGAUCCAAGAGAGCUAUGGCCGGCUUUGAAAAGCCGACUCUGGGAUGAAUGGACAGAGAGGUUCAGAGAGAUUGGAAUGACCAAGGGCAGACAGUACUCUUCGGUGGGUGAAUAUCACAACAUUUGUCCGGAUUAG